AACUACGGAACUCAAAGUCAAUAGCUACACAUUUGAACUAAGGCAACAUGUUGAAUUUUGUCAAAGUUGUCUGUACUGCAGGUAAUGUUACCAGCAAAGUCAAUAACAACUCCAUCUACAUACAUUUACCUGCUUUAGGUUGGGAGGUACUGGGUUUCGGAGUAGCUGCAGUAGCUCCAGAUCCUGAGUCAGGGGAAGUGUGUGGAGGAGGAAGGGAGGGAGGAGGAACACUCCAUGGCUGGGGAUGCUGCUCUAACACCUCACGAGCAACAUCUUCUCGAGCCACAGUUUUAUUUCUCAGUGCCAUGGCCACAUGGGUCCAAGUGCAAUCUCCAGUUCCUCCGUAUCUAUUGAGCCAUUCCAUGAUGACCUUACGUAGCUUGUCGUCAUUGUUUCUG